AUGAUUUAGAUGUAAUCACGAGUCAUCGACCUCCGACAGUUGACAUUUAAGAUCAAUUUAAAUGCCUUAAUAAUACUAACUUUUCAAGAACUUUUAGAAAAACACAAUUAUUAUCAACUAACUUUUUACAUUUGA